AUGGGGCCGCAGAAGAGCGCGGCGGAGCCCGCCGGCGAGUCGGUGGAGCUGCGGGAUCCCGAGCUGCCGCUGGCGGAGCCCGCGCCCCCCGACGACGACGACGACGGAGGGGAGCCCGCCGCGGACGCCGAGGCUCCGGGCGCCCCCGGCCGCGGCAGGUGCUGGCGGUGCCGAGGCUCGCCGUGCGGCGCGCGCGCGGAGCCGGAAGCCAAGAAGAAAGCGCCCUGUCCUGGACUUGGCUUGUUUUACACACUGCUGUCUGCCUUCCUUUUCUCAGUGGCCUCUUUAUUUGUUAAGAAAGUGCAAGACAUCCAUGCCGUAGAAAUUAGUGCAUUUCGAUGUGUGUUCCAAAUGCUAGUUAUUAUCCCUUGCCUAAUAUACAGAAAAACUGGGUUUUUAGGCCCAAAAGGUCAACGAGUUUUCCUCAUUCUCAGAGGAGUCUUUGGUUCUACUGCCAUGAUCCUUAUAUAUUAUGCUUACCAGAUGAUGCCCCUCGCAGAUGCCACAGUGAUUGCGUUUAGCUGCCCAGUGUUUACGUCAAUAUUUGCUUGGAUAUUUCUCAAAGAAAAGUAUAGCCUUUGGGAUGCUUUCUUCACCUUGUUCGCAAUCACUGGAGUGAUCCUUAUCGUGAAACCACCAUUUUUGUUUGGUUCCGGCACUUCGGGGAUGAACGAAGGCUAUUCCGUACACCUUAAGGGAACGUUCGCAGCAAUUGGACAUGCCAUGUUAGCUGCAAUGACGCUAGUCAUCCUAAGAAAAAUGGGGAAGUCUGUGGACUACUUCCUGAGCAUUUGGUAUUAUGUCAUACUUGGCCUUCCUGAAAGCAUCAUUAUCCUCUUUAUCAUAGGAGAGUGGAGUCUGCCCUACUGUGGCUUGGACAGGCUCUUUCUCAUCCUCAUUGGGCUGUUUGGUUUGGGGGGUCAGAUACUUAUCACAAAAGCACUUCAAGUAGAAAAAGCAGGACCUGUAGCCCUAAUGAAGACAAUGGAUAUAGUCUUCGCAUUUAUUUUUCAGAUUGCUUUCUUUAACAGGGUGCCAACCUGGUGGACAGUGGGUGGUGCCCUCUGUGUAGUAGCCAGUAGUACCGGAGCAACCAUUCGCAAAUGGGUUCAGAGUUCCAAGUGAACGUCUUUCUGAAAGCUGCAUACUUUUUCAAGUACACUAUCACCCAACUCGGACCUAGCCCACACAUGCAUGCACACCCACACCUGGGACAUCUGUUUUCUUCAUAGAUUGUAUUUAAUAAAUUUCAUAAAGUACCAUUUUUGAAUAUGGUAUGUCUUUAAGAUUAGCUAGUCUGGUCUAGCACAUUUUUUUUGGUAGCUUUUAUUCUUGCUUUUUUUUUUUAUUUGUAUUGGUGAGGGGUGCUCAUUUGAAGAAAUAUUACAGACAUUUUUAUGACUAUAAUUUUUUAAAUAUAUUUUUGGCACAGAUGGGAUAUGGAUAGGGUAAUUUUUAGAUACUCAGUUAGCAGUGUAGAGCCUAAGAAACUUAAUACUGAUAAUGCUUCUGCAAUAGUACUAUGUUGUUAUUUCAUUUGCAAUAUCAUUCCACUCAGGGUGCCAAAGCUGGAAUAGUGCAGGUGCCUACUUGCUGGGAUUAAUAGUGCAAAUGAGUUGGCCUUAUUUUUAAGGAUUUUAUUAAUGACUGUCAAUACUUUAAGUCCUGUUUGUGCCUUUUCAUUUUAAUGAUGGAAUAUUUGUAUGUAACCUUGAAAAGUCUUUAAGUUACCAUUUAUGGUCAGUAGCUUUCUCUUUCAGGUGACAUUUGCAAUUGUAGUUACUUUAUCAUUUUUUGAAGGGCAGGUUAAGAAAGGUUUAUUUUAGUAAGGAAAGAAAAACAGAGAGCUUCCAGGUUAAAGGCAUCCCUAGCAGGUAAUCCCUCAUUUUGUAAAUUUAAUUGUUCUCUGUUUUAUUGAAACUGCACUAUUUUUUUUUAACAUUCCAAGAUUUCAAAUCUCUAAGUCUUAAGAUAGAAAUCUUGGCAUGGCCAGUGUGCACAUUUCUCUCCUGAGGUGUUUCCUCCUCACUUGAAAUGUGAUGAGUUUCUAUAAAUUCUCCUUGAAUUUAUAGUGUGAUGCCAAAUAAAAUUUUCUCAGGAUCUUAUUAAGGUUGAACUAUAUGAAAUUGCCCAGAUUUUAUCAUUUUAAUUUACAAAACUCAUAGUUCCAUAAGGUUCACCCUAAUAGAUACUCUCUUUACCCACUAAACCAGAUACUUAGUGGACUUUGGACUGUAUAUUUUAAAACUAAGUUUUUAAAAGUACAGUUCUUCUGUUAGACUUUUUCCACUAUGGAACUUACAUGUAAUAACGCUUGUGUUAUAUAUUCAAUGUAAAAACUUGUUAACCCAUAGUUGAUUGACUUUCAUAGUUGCUUGCAUGGAAAAAUAAAUCACCGAUGAAUGUAGUUUGUCAGCAUGGUUUUGACCGUCAAACUGUAUCAUGACAGCAGUGGGAAUUCAGACAACGCAUUCUGUACCCAGAGUACCAUCAGGCCAAUGCCCUGCUGCAGAACAAUGUGAUGUCUAGGAAGUGUGGGAGGUUGGCCGGGAUCUCAGGAACACAUGCACAUGACUCUGGUUCACAGGGCACCCUUUAGGGUGAGGCCAUUACUAAUGGCCUUCAACUCUUACUCAGUCUGACCCUGCAUCUACCAGUAUUUUAAACAGUAGAGUUGAAAGGCUAUAUCAACUCUUCCUACCUUCAUAAUUCAAGGAAAGGAACUUGGCUCCUGGGACUUAGGCUUUGUGAAGAAGAAAUAUUUUCUAAUAGUUCCAGGGAGAACUUUGAGCUUACUGGAUUUAAAUAAUGCUCCUCACAUGAUAAAACCCCAAAUGAGCCGGGCGUGGUGGUGCACGCCUUUAAUCCCAGCACUUGGGAGGCAGAGGUAGGAGGAUUGCCGUGAGUUCGAGGCCACCCUGAGACUACAUAGUUAAUUCCAGGUCAGCCUGUACCAGAGUGAGACCCUACCUUGAAAAACAAAAAAAACAACAACAAAAAAAAAACCCAAAUGAAAAAAUUUAUGGUGAUUCAUCCCAGUUACACUUUGAGCCGACUCAUAUUACUGGAAUUUAGAUUUGUAAAAGCACCAUUCAGUAAGCAUCUUGGACAAUGACAGAAUCAAGAGCAUGUUAGAGCUCAAAAGUAUCUUAAUAGUGAUCAUCUUGUAGGAGCCAUGCUCCACAGAUGGCGAGGACAGGAAGGAGACCUUCACAAAUGGGCUUUCCACGGCCUCCCGUCCCCCCCCUCCCCCCCCCCCGCCUUAGCUCCAUGAUACGUCAACCACUCCUGGAGCUACCUAAGGCGGAUUAAUUUUCCUGUUUUUUACCUUAUGCAAUAAAUGAGACUCUAGGACCUUGAAGGUUAAAUCCCUUUGGAUCUAUGUAGUAAAGACAUGUUUAUUUCAAUAGUGGCUUAAGAGCUUGAAUGUCACGACAUGUGACUAAUGUUGAAGACAGUGUUUCUUCUCCCAACUUUCACAGGGUAUGUUUCUUAAACACUUACAAUGUCCAAACUGUAUACAAGACUAUGUAUUGUAACAAUUAUGGGUGUGUAUAUUUUGCAAAGAUUGUAGUUACUAUAUCUUGAAAAGGGAAAUAUUUUCGUAAGUUGUUUUUAUUUUAUAAGCAGUAAUAAAAACAUACAAGAAAGCUGUA